AGCCUGGUUCCGGAUUGUCCAGACCAUCGUUGUCCUGACCCUGAUAGUGAACAUCGGGGUGGUGUUCAUGCUCUCCCUUUAUCCAGUGGACAUGUUGAGGAUCAAGUACUACAACCCUAACAGAUACAGGGCCUUCCUUCUGAACUCUAUCCUCAUGUUUGUGUCAAGUGUGUUUGUGUUGAUUGUUGCCCUGGUGUUUCCGAUGAAGGCACGCGAUUCCACUUGGAUGCCCCGUCCUUGGUUGAACUACCUGUCAUGGUCCUAUGGAUUCUUUGUCCUGUCCGGAUUCUUUGCCGUUUUCUCGGGAAUAGCUCUUUUCAUAAAAUCCUCUGACAUCCACCAUAAGCCAGAUAAGGGAACAGAGGAGAUCGAGAAGAAGCUGGAACUUCCACCCCUCCACACAGGAAUGGCUCCACCAAUGAGACCUCCCCAUUAUGAACCCAGUGAACAAGGAAGUCGGAGCGUAGGCGGGUACAGUAUGGGCGGGACCAGCAUGGGAGUGGUUAGUCAAGGAGCCCAGAGCAAGCAUUCUGAAUCUUUUGUAUAGCCCAAACUUGUACAUUCUUCUCAUGAAUUUGACUAUUUCAAUCAGAACUAUCCAAUAUUCAUACAUUUCACGGAGACCUACUGUGUAUACACUUGCAUGUAAAUCAGUCUUAUUUCUAACAAUAUAAAAAGGUUUGUUUUGUGAAAUUUGUUUGGUUUUACAGAUGAACUCUAAACUAUUUAUUACAUUUGACUGCUGGUAUUUUGGAAAAUUCAGAAUUGUACACAUUUUCCAGUUAGUGCUUGCCUUUCUGAUGUGAUCGAUCAUUUGCAAAAGUUUUACAUUCCAGUCUGAUAAAUAAAAUUCCAAUUGUGAACAAUGUUGUAUACACACAUUUACAAUCUAUUGUCAUGUGCCAUGUAUCAUAUUUUGUAUGGAAAAUCAGUUCUUGUUUUUCUAUAUAUUUGUAUAUAUAUAAGGAUUAGUGUAUCAUGAGAUCGUUCAUACAUUUUCUUUGUGUAUGACUUAUAAAUCAGACACUGUAAUACGAACCAAAGUGCAAGAUCGUUUUUAAUCACAGAAAAUAAACAUUCAUAUUAAUAAAAACGAAGCAUUGUACAUAUAUCAUACCUGUAUAGUAGAAAUAUUUUAAUUGCAUUCAUUGUUUAUACUGGUGUAUAAUUAUGUAUUAUAGUAUUUUAUACAUGAAUAUGUAAAUUGCAAUAUUAACAAUUUACAAUAAAAGAGAUACUGUGUUA